AUGAUUUACUUAAAAAUAUUAGGACAAUUAAAUAAAGGAAUUUGGCUUUUUGAUAUAUUUAAAAAAAUAUUAGUUUGGAGUAACCAAUCAAGUAAGAAAUAUAGAAAUAUAGAAUCAAUUACCAAAUUUUUCAAUGAUGGUGAACUAUUAAAUGAUAUAAAAAAUGGAAAAUCAAGAAAUGAACAAUGGACAACUGUUUAUUUAGAAUUUGACAACAACGACGAUUUAAAUUCAAUAGAAACUAUGAAACAAGUAAAUUUAAAGUUUUCAAGUGUCCAAAUUACCGAUAUGGAUGCUAGGCAAUUAUUUUUAGAUACAAAUAUUAAUUUAUUAGCCGAACCAGAAUUAAAUUUCUUCGAUCAAAAUGGUAAUAGAGUUUUAUUAUUAGUAGAAGAAUUAGAAGAAGCCUCAAAAUCAACACUAAACUCACCAUUGAACUACUCUUUCGAUCAUAAUAGUACACAAAGCAAUUAUAGUACCACAAGUUUAAAUCAUCAAAAUUUAAGCAAUAUAAAUUCAUAUGUUGGCUCUUGGGAAUGGAAUGUAAUACACAAUACUACUAAAGCCUCAAAUCAGUUCUAUAAAAUCAUUGGCAUCGAAAAUGACAUCACUAAUAAGCCACUAGCAUUUGUAGAUUUUAUAAACAGGUUGGGAAUUCAAGAAAUUGAACCAAUAAUUAACAAUUGUAUAGAAUCAAACAUUUCAACUUUUGAAUACUCUUUAAAAGUCAAUAGAAAAAAUGAUAAUACAAUAAGAUUUAUACAAUUAAAGGGUGAAAUAAUUAAAAAAGAAAAUAAAGUUCAUAAAGUUUUAGGUUUUUGUCAUGAUUUUAGCGAUAUCCAAGCUGCUAGAGAUAAAUUAGAAGAAGAAAGUAAAUUUGUUGAAGCUUUAAUUGGUUGCUUAAAAGCUGGUAUUAUUGCUGUUAAUUCUAAUGGGGACCUAACCCAUUUUAAUAAAACUGCACAAGAUUUACAUGGCCUUGAGCUUACCGAAAAAACAGACAGAAAACAACUAUUAGAUUCAAUUUUUAAAUGCUACCGCUCACCAUAUGACCAUCAACUUUUAGAUAAAAAUAGUACCCCAAUUCUUAAAGCAUUAAAUGGCGAAUCAAUUGCUGAUCAAGAAAUUAUUUUAGCACCACUAAUUUUUAAUAAUAAUGGAACAACUCCAAUUACUCCAAGUGUUCAAAGAAGACAAAGAGCUUUUUCAAACAGUUCAAAUAACAAUAACAAUAGCACAAGUAACAGUCCAUUGAAUUCAAGUAAUAACAAUAAUAUUUCAAGUUUAAAUAGUAGCAAUACAAUAAAUAAUAAUACACCAAAUUCCACAAGUAAUAAUACACCAAAUUCUUCAACACCAAAUAAAAUGUCUUUAAAUAUUAGUAAUAUUGUAAAUAAUAAUGGUUUAAAUAGUAGUGUAAAUAAUAUUAGUAAUAAUAAUAGUAGUGGUAAUAAUAGAGAUGGUAGUAAAACUUUUAGAGCCAAAACAAAUCAAAUUAAAAUUAAUGAAAAUGAAUAUUUGGUAUUAGCAAGUGGUCAAGAAAUUGUAUCAAGAGAUGGUAAAACUAUUGGUGCUGUUGUUGCACUCCAUGAUAUAACAGAAAGAAAGCGUAGUGAGGAGGUACUAAAGAAAGCAACUGAACAAGCCCAAGAAGCCAAUCAAUUAAAAAGUGAAUUUUUAGCAAACAUUAGCCACGAAUUACUCUCUCCAAUGAACUCAAUUAUAGGUAUGGUAGGACUAUGUCUUGAUGUUGCACCAAAGAACCUUAAAGAAAUGUUAAAUGAUGUUGUAGAAAGCUCAAAGAUUCUUCUCGAACUAUUACAUCAAAUUUUAGAUUUCACAACCUUAGAGUCCAACAAGCUUUUAUUUAGACCAUUCCCAUUUAAACUUCGUGACACCUUCAAUACUAUAUUCAAAAUAUUUUAUAGUCGUAUCAUCGAAAAGAGAAUUAAUGUUAAAUGUUCCAUAGAUCCAGAUAUUCCUGAUGACCUUUAUGGUGACCAAAAUCGUUUAAAGCAAAUUUUAUCAAAUUUAAUAGAUAAUGCUAUAAAAUUCUCAAACUCCAGUAAUAUAAACAAUUUUAUAAAGAUAACUGUCAAAUCAUUAACAAAUCAACAGUGUGAUCUUAUACUCGGUGGUAAACCCACUGGUCGUUUAAAUUCCCACGAUGACUACAGUGUUGUUUAUGGUAGUAUGGACUAUUAUGAUGACGAAUACUAUAACGAAAAUAACCGUAAUCAAAACAUUGAUGAUAUGGAGGUUGGUGGCUUCUCUGAAGAAUGUGACAGUACAAAUUAUAACGAUAGUGUUGACUUGGAAGGCAACUCUGGUCUAGGUAAUGAUGACCAAAACGAUGAUGAAGAUGAUGACUUUAUUAAUCUUCACUUUUCAAUUCAAGAUAAUGGUAUUGGUGUCCCACCCGAGAAAAAGAACUUUAUUUUUGAUAGAUUUUUCCAAGUAGAUGGCUCUUAUUCAAGAAUUCAAGGUGGUGUUGGUUUAGGUCUUAGUAUAUGUAGAAAUUUAGUUAAAUGCUUUAAUGGUGAAAUAUGGUUUGAAAGUGAACCCUCCUUUGGAAGUACUUUCCACUUUUUAAUUAGAAUUAAAAAAUUAGAGCCAUUAGUACAACCAUCAAACCCAAGUGCUGUUCCAUCCCAAACUACAAACUCUCCAAAUUCAUCUGGUAAAUUCUUUGACAAAUUUAAAAAUGAAAUCUAUAUUCCAUCCCUCCCAAAUAUGCCAGUAAAUAAUAAUAACAAUAACAAUAAUAAUAAUAAUAAUAAUAAUAAUAAUAAUAAUAAUAAUAAUAAUAAUAAUAACAAUAACAAUAUAAAUAACAAUAACAAUGGUGUAAUUAAUUUAAACUUUAGCAACAAUAUAUCAUUUGAUUCCACUAAUAGUACAUACAUUGGUAGUGGUCCAUUAACAAGCCGUAUUCCUCAUUUUAAUAGUUUUAAUAAUUUCUAUACUCAAAUUACCCAACAACAACAACAACAAAAUAGUCUUAAUAAUAGUGGUAAUACUGUUUUAAACACUAGUUUAAAUAAUAGUGGUAGUAGUAUAAACAACACUGUUAUUAAUAAUAGUAUAAAAAAUACCAAUAACAAUAAUAACAACAGUAAUAUUAAUACCAAUGCCAAUAAUUUAAAUAACAGUGGUUCUGGUACUCAUAUAUUUAAUAACUUAACUAGUUUAUCAUUAAGCAAUUUAAAGGAUAAUUCGCAAGGUCAUAAUUUCAGCAGAGGUUCAAGUUUAGUUUCUUCACCAUCAAAUACUCGUUCACCAAAGAAACAUGCCUGUCCCUUGGAUUUAGUUCAUAGAAUUUCUUCAAUUUGUACACCAAGAGGGCCAUUAUCAAAUGAAGUUGGCUUUAAUAAUCUUCCAGUUUAUUCACCACCAAAAUCCCCUGGAGGUGCAUUUGGUACCCGUGACUCUGGAAAUACAAUAAAAAAUGCUACUAUAAACACAAGCUAUUUAACAAACUCUCCAAGAACCAUUUCAAAUGCUCCACCAAUUUUUUCAACUAGUAAUAACAAUAAUAGUGGUAAUAUUAAAGAAAAUAACACCUCCCCAACCACAUCAUCAACAAGUGUUAACCAACAACCUAGUACACCACAAAAGGAAUCUGAAGAUGUUAUUGUUUUAAACAAUAGUCUUAAUAGUAUCAAUACUCCAGGUGCAAACAGUUCUACCAAUAGUGGUAAUUUAACUGGUAUUUCUGCAGGUCCAAAGAAAAUGGUUGUCCCUCUAUUAAGCUUACAAUCAACCUCAUCAUCAAAACACGGUAGACCCUAUUCUCCAAAACAUAACAGUCCAAAAUCACAACAAUUAGAAAAUGGCAGAAUGUCUCCAACACAUAAAUCACUAUAUAAAAAUAUAGAAAGUCAUUCCAAUAUAUAUGAUCCAAAAUCAUCAAACUCAACACCAGACUCAUCACCACCAAUAACAUCCCCACCCAUUCAUUCUCCAAGAUCCAUUUCAUUAAAUAAUACAAAUAACAUUCUAAACAAUUCACAAAGUGCAGUAUUAUCCAAUAGUAAUAUUGCACCAUCGACACCAAACCAAUCACACCUCCAUCAUAAUGUAUUGUUGGUAACAUCAAAUAUAGCAGCAGCUCUUGUGGCCCAACAACAAUCAUCGAGCACCACCACUACCCCACAAAUUCAAUCUCCACCCUUCCUUUCCGGUUUAGUUACACAACAACCAACAUUAUUAAAUGAUCAACAGAUGAACUCAUCAUCGUCAUUGUCAUCAUCAACCACCACACCAAACUUUAUAUCACCUCUACAGGUUGGACAAUGUGCAGCACAAAAAGUUUUAGUUGCUGAAGAUAACACAAUGAAUCAAAAACUCAUUAAAACUUUAUUAACUAAAAAAGGUUUUGAUAUUACAAUAGCUAAAGAUGGGAAACAAGCAUUAGACUUUUAUCACGAAUCAAAAGUUAAAUCAACUCUAUAUGAUUGUAUUCUUAUGGAUAUUCAAAUGCCAAAUUUAAAUGGUUUGGAGGCUACAUCUGCAAUUAGGGAAAUCGAAGCUAACGAAGGUGGUCACAUUCCAAUUAUUGCUGUAACCGCCCAUGCAAUGAAAGGAGAUAAAGAAAAAUUCUUAGAGUCUGGUGUUGACGAUUAUGUAACCAAACCAAUCAAUCCAAAAUUAUUAUAUGAAGUCAUCAAUACUCAAAUUGGUAAAUUCAAUGAUGAAAAUCGUUGUGGUGUACCAACCACAAUUGGUGGUGUACCAACCACAAUUGGUGGUGCUGCAAACACAAAAUAA